AUGGAUCUCUCUUUGUAUUGCUGCGGCUCCCUUGGUUAUGGGGCCCUGCACCCGCUCCCCCUACCCCACCUUUCCCUCUCCCAUAUAAGGAGAGGCAGCUGUUGGGGGCGUCCCCAGGAUCUAAAGAUAGCAGUCCCUGCCUGGGACUUCAAAUCCCACAGGCCAUUGGCAGGAGCCAUCAUGGCACGGCAGCAUGCCAGGACCCUGUGGUAUGACAGACCCAAAUAUGUGUUUAUGGAGUUUUGCGUUGAGGACAACACGGAUGCCCAUGUACUCAUCGAAGACCACCGCAUUGUGUUCAGCUGCAAGAAUGCCGAUGGAGUGGAGCUAUACAAUGAGAUUGAGUUCUAUGCCAAGGUGAACUCCAAGGAUUCUCAGGACAAACGCUCCAGUCGAUCCAUUACUUGUUUUGUAAGAAAGUGGAAGGAAAAUGUGGCCUGGCCACGGCUCACCAAGGAGGAUGUCAAGGUGGUUUGGCUGUCUGUGGACUUUGAUAACUGGAGAGACUGGGAAGGGGAUGAAGAGAUGGAGCUGGCUCAGGUGGAACAUUAUGCGGAGCUUUUGAAGAAGGUCAGCACCAAAGGACCUCCCCCUGCCAUGGAUGACCUGGAUGAUGACUCCGACAGUGCUGAUCCAAGAGGUACUUGA